ACUUGGAACAUUUCUGUUGAUUUCAUUCAUCUCUACCAAAAAAGUCCCGAAUUUUAAAUUACUCCAAAACAUUAAUUAAUUUAAAUCUUUUGACCAUAAAAUCUUCUCAUAAGACUCUUCACAGAUUUCUUAAACAGUUCAAUAUAGUUUGUUUUUCAUUAAAAAAGACAAUUUGAAACAGUGUCAUAACAACGUCCUUUUUUGACCCUUAUUAAAAUUAGGAAUUGAAACAAUGUUAGCAAGAAAACCCUUGUUUUUAUCACGAAUAAUUCAUCAACGGAGAUGUUCUCGAUGUUACGCGGCACAAACAGCAGUUGGCGAGGUCGAUAUACCGUUUUCUAAAGGGACAUCUAUGAACCUAAAAACUGGCCAGUAUGCAAGGUUUGCAGAUGGCGCCUGUGUGGCUACGCUGGGAAACACCGCCAUACUAUCCACAGUGGUUUCCAAAGCCAAACAAAGUUCUUCAUCGUUUUUGCCGCUUGUAGUAGACUAUAGACAAAAAGCCGCGGCCGCUGGACGAAUACCAACCAAUUUCCUUAGAAGAGAAUUAGGUCCAACAGAACGAGAGAUCCUGACAUCACGUCUCAUUGACCGCUCCUUGCGACCGCUAUUCCCACAGAAUUAUUUCUUUGACACGCAGAUAGUAUGUAACAUGCUUGCGGUUGACUCUACGAACCCACCUGAAACUGUUGCUAUAAAUGCUGCUAGUGCGGCUUUAGCGCUGUCUGAUGUGCCUUGGAAUGGACCUAUUGGGGCUGUCAGAAUAGGACAAAUAGACAAUGAAGUGAUAAUCAAUCCGACUCGCAAGGACCUGGAGAAGUCUAUCUUAAACCUGGUGGUGGCUGCGACCAACAGGAACCUGGUUGUGAUGAUGGAGGGCAGUGCCCAGGACAUACUGCAGCAAGACCUGCUGAAAGCCAUCAAAUUAGGUACAAAGGAAGCCCAGCUAAUAGUUCGUGGCAUUGAGAAACUGCAGAAGACACAUGGUAAGAUGAAGCGGGCGUACGAGACACCGGCGCCGCUGCACCAGGAUAUAGUGGACACCAUCAGCACACUGUCUUCCAUGAAGAUCAGGGAGAUACUCAGCGAUUUCUCCCACGACAAAAUAUCGCGAGACAACGCGAUAUCAGAACUUAGACAAACAGUUUUAAACCAACUUCGUGAGACGGAGGCCGAUGUCACACAGUUACAGGACUGUUUCAACGCCAACCUGAAGCAGAUAUUCCGAGACAUGAUAUUCGAGACCGACGUACGGUGUGAUGGGCGGCACUUGGAUGAUCUUAGGAAGAUUAAUUGUCAGGUGUCUCUAUACGAGCCGCUACACGGUAGCGCAGUGUUCCAGCGCGGGCAGACCCAGGUUCUGUGCACGGUCGCGUUCGACUCCCCGGAGAGCGCGCUCAAGAUGGACACUCUUACUAUGCUCACUAGUGGCAUAAAAGAGAAGAGCUUCUUCCUUCACUACGAGUUCCCAUCAUACGCGACGGGCGAGGUGGGUCGGACCGGAGCCCCGGGGCGCCGCGAGGCAGGCCACGGAGCCCUGGCCGAGAGGGGCUUGCUACCCGUCGUGCCACACCAGCCCUACACUGUCAGGCUAACUGCUGAAGUAUUGGAGUCUAAUGGUUCAAGUUCAAUGGCGUCAGUAUGCGGUGGUUCCCUCGCUCUGAUGGACGCUGGAGUAGCCCUGUCAGCCCCGGCUGCAGGAGUGGCGAUAGGCCUGGUCUCCCGGCCUGAUGAACAAGGACAAAUCGAGGACUACAGGAUCCUUACUGAUUUGUUAGGCAUAGAAGAUUACAUGGGCGACAUGGACUUCAAAGUGGCGGGUACUAAGAAAGGCGUGACGGCGCUACAAGCCGACGUCAAGGUGCCCGGCCUGCCGCUCAAGAUCGUCAUGGAGUCCAUACAGAAGGCCUGCGACGCCAAGAGCAGGAUCAUCGAUAUUAUGAACCAGUGUAUUGAUAAACCUAGACAGGGGCACAAGGAAAACAUGCCAGUCAUCGAGGAGAUGGAGGUGGAAGUCCACAAGAGGCCGAAACUGCUCGGCAUGGGAGGCGCCAACCUGAAGAAACUGUACCUUGAAACCGGUGUACAGGUGACACCAAUAGACGACGUUAAAUACAGCAUAUUCGCGCCAUCACAAGCGGCGAUGGACGAGGCACACAGUCGCAUACAAGGGUGGCUGACUUCUGAGAAAACUCCGGAGCUGGAGUUUGGAGCGAUUUACAAGGCGAGGGUCGUGGAGGUGAAGGAUAUCGGAGUACUGGUCACUCUGUACUCCGGCAUGACGCCUGCGUUGGUACAUAAUACGCAACUCGAUCAUAGGAAGAUACAGCACCCCUCAGUACUCGGUCUCGAAGUGGGCUCAGAGAUCCAAGUGAAGUACUUCGGCCGAGACCCAGUCUCCGGACAGGUCAGACUGUCCAAGAAGGUGCUUAGUUCACCACCACCAGGCAUUGUCAAGAAGCUAGAUAAAGCUUAAAUAAACACUGUGAUAUUUUCUAGGUAAUUAUUGUUAAAAUUAUUGUGUGGUGUGUUGUCAGUUCAGGUUGAAUGAGUUGGUGUGUUAAAAUGAUGAGAGUUAAUAAAUUAAGUUGUGUUUGUUAUACAAAAUCACAAAAAGAAACUUAUCAUUUUGGAUUUUUUACUUUAUAUCAAUAUUAUUAAAGUUGAAAAUGUAAUAAAGACAUUUGACAGACUAAAGGCUCACACAGGCGCGUUAUUAUAGGUCGAUAAUAUAGAAAGAAAAGAAAGAAAGAAAGAAAAACAGUUUAUUAAUAAUAUCGCAUACGUUACUGCGAUAUCUGUUUUCAGGACGGUCAUGUAGU